UCAUCUCUUUUUACAGAGGAGGCUGAGAUUCUAUUUUGUUUUUUGAGACUGGGAUUUUAAAUAACUUGCCCAGCGUCAUCCGGUAUGGAAAGCAUUAAGACAUCGAGUUUGCACCAGAACUCAAAUGGCAGCUGACCCUGGUCUAAACCCGGCGGCUGCCUCACAUGCAGCUGCCUGUCACCUGCCCUUCUUUCCCCAAGCCCUGUCCCGCAGCCUCUUUCCUCAGUCCUCCCUUCAUACCAACCUUUUACCAGACUCACUAGCCAGGACAAAGUCCCGAAUCCGCGACCUCCCCGGCCACUUGCUGGCUCUACUGUGUACUAAGGCGGCUGGACAGAGGCACCAAACCCCUGCCCGGCUGCGGGGAACGGAGGGGCACAGCACUGUGACACGGUGCCCUGGCUACCCGCGGAGAUGAGCGCAGAUGCUCGCCGCCCCCGCGGGGGAGCCUGACCUUCAGGCUCCGGACCGAGGUUUGGAAACCCCACCCCGGAAUGACCCCGAAGAGAGACUGAGAAGGGCACAUGCCCAGUACAAAGGAGCAAUGGCAGCUGCUUCUUUGGCUCUGGGAGCGGGCUCGCGAGCCCAGGGUCCCAUCUCUCCUUCGCGCCCAGCAAUCAGACUGAGGCGCCGACGACUCCUCCUACGCCCGAUUCUGCUACCGGCCGGGCCCCGGGGCCCCUAGAGUUAACUCAAACGGCCUCGGUGCCCAUUCCGGGGCCGUGGAGCCGUGAACGCCUCCCAUUGGCCAAGGGCCCGGCUUGGCGCUGAUUGGGCGAUUCCAGGUUCUCGGAGGCUCCUUAUUGGGCGCCUUCCUCCAAUGACUGAAGCGUGGCGGCCCCGCCUUCGCCGGCUAUCUCGGCCGUAGCUGCUGAGGGCUCCAGGAGCUGCCUGGGGACGUUCAUCUCUGACUGGGUGCCGAUUUCUUUCCCAGAUCAAAAGCCUCUUGCAACCCCGGGAACGCCAACGGAUCUUCUCCCGAAUCCUUAACUUGCUGGUUUUCUUUUGCCUUCCUUCUCGGCUCCCAUUUCCCAGCUCCGCAUUUCUUUCUCCUAUUGCUGGGCCCCGUAGCCUAUCAUCAGCAUCUCACCGGCUUCUGGCUUCUACCCCUCCCUAACCUCACAGCCUUGACCAACUUGAUCCUUCUCCCCAGAUUCCUAAACUCUUUCUUACCUAGGCCAGCUUCUGACUCCCACACUCCAGCUAACCUUUGACCUCUUCACACUUGACCCUCUCUUGACCCCACACCUAAACCCUUCCUCUCUUAGCCUGAAUCGCUGAAAUUGAGGUCUUCCCUGAUUUCUCCCUCCCUCCCUGAAGCUCCUUUUGACUUUCUUACCUCUGCAUUAGUUCCUGCUGCUGCUUUCUACCAUGGACUUCUUGAUGAGCGGCCUGGCGGCCUGUGGAGCCUGUUUGUUCACCAACCCCUUGGAGGUGGUUAAGACCAGGAUGCAGUUGCAAGGAGAACUACAGGCUCCCGGCACCUACCAGCGGCACUACCGAAAUGUCUUCCAUGCUUUCAUCACCAUCGGCAAGGUGGAUGGCCUGGCUGCCCUGCAGAAGGGCCUGGCCCCUGCCCUCUUAUACCAGUUCCUGAUGAAUGGCAUUCGGCUGGGCACCUAUGGGCUGGCUGAGGCUGGGGGCUACCUGCACACAGCUGAAGGCACCCUCAGCCCUCCCCGCAGCGCAGCAGCUGGGGCCAUGGCUGGGGUCAUGGGAGCCUACUUGGGGAGCCCCAUCUACAUGGUAAAGACACAUCUACAGGCACAGGCAACCUCUGAAAUUGCUGUUGGGCACCAGUAUAAGCAUCAGAUAUUCCCUCCCCAGAGCUGGAAGAUAGCUCUGCUAGCUGCAAUGGUGAGUGGAAUUGCAGUAGUACUGGCUAUGACUCCCUUUGAUGUGGCCUGUACCAGACUCUACAACCAGCCCACAGAUGCCCAGGGCAAGGGUCUAAUGUACCGAGGGAUACUGGACGUUCUGCUGCAGACGGCUCGGACAGAGGGCAUUUUGGGCAUGUACAAGGGUAUAGGUGCUUCCUACUUCCGCCUUGGCCCCCAUACCAUCCUCUCCCUCUUCUUCUGGGACCAGCUGCGCAUCCUCUACAACACAUACACCAAAUAACAGGCAU